UCCUUCCUGCACUGCAUGCUGGGAGUGUGAGUGAAUGGGUGUGUGAAGGUGUGUGGUGAGUGCGUGGAGCUGCUGAGUGAGUUUGGGACGUUUGGACUGUUUUUUUCCAGAAAACUUUGGGCUUAUGGGUGGUUAAAAGGUAAGGCACGUUUAUUUCAUUGUGUUGUGUGAAGUGAAGAACUUUAGUUAAUUGGACGGUAUUACCUUGGGUCAUGGCGUCCCUCCCCAGUGAGGGUUCGCCUCCGCUGUCUAUUAGACAUGGGGCCAGGGUGGUGGCACCCCAACAGUACACCGUUGAGCAGGUUCUGCUAGCUGUUGGUGAACAGGUGGGCCAUGAGAACAUAACUUAUGGCUCUCGGAUGAACAAGGCUGUGGAGCGCGCUGUAGAUGCCGGUACGGGAGAACGGCCGGCUCGUAGCGGUGCGGACGAGCAGCCGUCUACGAGCAGCGCUGUCAUCGGCGAGCCGCUAGCGGCGCAGGGUGACAGAAUGGAGGUCGCAGCCAGUGCUCCACAGGCUGCGCUAGAAGAACAGGGGGUAGUACAGGCGACCAAUGAGGUGGAGGAUGGAUGCGAUGACAUACAGGACAGGGAAAGUGUGGAGGACAAUCAGGACAGUGGGCAGACCAAAGCAACGGCAAGUGAGGUGGGUGUUGCAAGUGUAAUUUCAGGUUCUUUGAGCGCAGAAAAUGAGGAAGACGAUUUGUUGGAAGAUGAUUCCCUGUCUCAAUGCUCUGAUGUUGUUUCACAAGACGACCAUCAGCAGUUGUAUUCCUUAGAAGAUAUAAACCGCUUUUUGGAUGAGACAUUUGGUAUGCAGUCUGUGGAAGUCACUGAGUUUUUUCCAGAUGUUGAUCUUUUUAUAAAAUCUGUUCUGAAAAUAAGGAGAGUUGUUGAUUAUGAACAAUUGAGCAAACAGAAAAGAUUCCGUCUUAAAAAGAUCUUGACUAAGUUGAGAAGGGAAAAACGUGGGAAAACUCCUUCAAAAGCAUUGUGAAAUGUUUGGAGCA